AAUAAAUUUCCCCGUUAGUUUCCUGAUUUCUCAUCGAAAAGAAAUAUUGAUUUUUUUUAGUUUCUUUUAAAAAAAUUUGUAGAACCCAUUCAUCUGAGAAACAACGUUAUAGAAAAUCAAAGAAAGUGAUCAUAUAUUAUUUUUGUUUUACAAUUGACAUAUAUUGUUGUAUGUUAUUUUGAAUCGAAAAAAGAAUGGCAAAUUCUUGUUGUGUCAUAAAUUACUGAAAUCGGAAACUGCAAAAUGUACGGGGAUGUGCCGGUGUUCAUGUCGGAAGGAGCGUUGUUCAGGGAUCAACCGUACGCCGGAGAACUUCCUCAGGGACUAUGGACCACCGGUCUUUGUGAUUGUCACGAAGAUUGUCACAUUUGUGUUCAGACAGCUAUAGUUCCAUGCGUCUCCUUCGCUCGGAACACCGAGAUCGUAAACAGAGGAACCAUACCUUGCAUAAACGCAGGUUUGAUUCAUCUAGCGUUAGGGUUUGUGGGUUGUUGCUGGCUUUACGCGUUUCCAAGCAGGUCAAGGCUUAGAGAACAUUUCGCAUUGCCUGAGGAACCAUGCAGUGACUAUUGGGUCCAUAUAUGUUGCACACCGUGUGCUAUUUGCCAAGAGUCUAGAGAACUCAAGAACCAAGGCGCUGAUCCUUCCCUCGGUUGGGUUUCUAAUAUAGAGAAAUGGAGACGAGAUAAAAUAACUCCUCCCAUUGUUGUACCAGGCAUGAACCGCUAAAGUAUUGCCUUGUCUCUUACGUUAUGUAAAUAUUAUGUUAGAUCUUGUUAGCUUCUUGUUUUUUUUUUCUUCUUCUCAGUUUAGCGUAGGAAAAAAACCACAAAUAUAAACGAUUCUGAAACGGUAACGUACACAACGUACUAAAUAAA